AUGCGUGUAAGACUUGAAUUCGAAGAGGCAUUAAGUUCCCAACGUAUUUGGUAUCCGGUGACCAAAAGACAAAGAAGCAGUAGUAUAAAGGACUUUGCAAAUAACAUAAUACGUGAUUUCGAGUUGGAGGAAAAAUGUCCGAACGGUAUUAUCCUAGAAAUAGAAGAUUUCGGACUUUUGCAUACUUUCAAUGUUGGCGACUUGAUUAGAGAUAAUGAUCUGAUUAGGCACGUUGUCAAUAAGACGACAAGGAUCGAAAAAAAGACAGCGUACUUCUUGCCGUUCUGUAUCAGACGUCAAAAAUGUAGCGAAGAUUCGGACGCGUCUUCUGGCAAGAAUGACAAUUUGAGGAUGAUCCAAAAUCAUAUACCUUCAUCAAAUGAAAGUGAUAGGGAAGAAACCGAAAAGAAAGUUUCCUCUAGUUCAUCUUCGUCGACAUCAGACGAAAAUGAGGACAUUGAAAAGGAAAAUGGAAUAGGGGAAAAGUCUGAUGGUUCGGACAGCAGUGAUGAAUUUGAUAAGAAAUGUUCAAGAGAAAAUCUAGAGGCUGAGGGAGCUGCAGAUGAAUUAAUAUGUAAAACUACAGAUGGAAAAAAUGAAGCUACUUCGGAGCAAGAGUCGAUGAAAGAACAGCAGCAGAAAAAAGUCACCGUUUCCAAAUCGAAAGCGAGAAAUCAAAGGAGAAGGGCUGCACGUAAGAGAAUCAAUCUGUUGAUAUCAAAUAACGUCGGUACAUUAAAUGAUGAAAACGGAUUAAAUAAUAAUGAUAAACAAUCAGUAAUUGACAUAUCUCAGCAACAAAACGAGGAGUCUAAUAUUAUACGUUCGCAGUCACUUCUUGAACUGGGAGUGAGUCUGAAACCACCAAUGUCUCUUUUCUCGACCUCCAACAAGAGGAAAGGUUAUUUUCAAGAAAUGAAGAACAAAACGCCCAUUCAUCUCAGGUUUACAUAUGAUGAAGAGAAAAAAGAGGUAGAGGGUCAAGAUUCUAAUGAGAACACCUCUUCUCAACAUCGCGUCAAUGCCACCUCAAAUGCUAAGGUUAUUGGAGAGAAACAGGUCGAUAAAAAUGGGAAUAUAAAUUUGGAACUUGUUUCCGAAGAAAUAUACCCGCAACUUCCUUCACCACGCGCCAUUAUAACAAGGGUUGAUAUAACGCGCACUCAACAAAAUGGUGAUCGACAGCAGAAAAGAUCAAUGAAGUUACCGAUCAACAAAUAUGCAAAAAAACAGGAUGAAAGUUUCAACGGUGAUGAUAGAAAUGACAGCUUUUAUUUCGAUCAAGUCGAAGGUCAUGUCACAGAUGAGGAUUCAAAUGUUCAAGGACGCGAAGUCCUGAGUGAUUCGAAGUCAUACGAAAGUAUGGAAUUGUACCGAGGUCAACCUAGGAUUGAUGAUGUUAUUGUCUACAGGGUGCUAGAAUUUUCUCGGUCGUCCUUUACACCCGAAUUUUCUGCUUACGAGAAAGCAAAGAUCAUAGGAUACAAUCCUCUGACAAAUGAUGUUACACUUGAAAGAUGUGACGUCAAGUCGGGCGAUCAACCAAUUUAUUCUGUGAUGAAUGACAAAUUUUAUAUUGAAGGUUUGGAGGAUGAGUAUAUCAUUGACAAUGGUCAGGAGCCAAGGAUUGGCGUCUUCACCAUUAAAUGGGAUAGACUGGAACAUGUUAAAGUUUUUUCCGAGAAAUAA